GGAAGUGGAGGAAGAAACUAUUGGGAGAGGGGCUGGGCAGGGUUGGUCCUCGCCCGGGAGUUGGAGUGAGGGCCCGCGCGGGCGGGGAGCAACGAUCGCUACCCCCACCCCGGCCGUCGGCGGGGAAGAGUCAUCGCCACCAUGGCCGUGUCAGAGAACCAGCUGAAGAAAAUGCUCACCAAGUACAAGUACAGAGACCUAACAGUUCAGGAGACUGUCAGUGUUAUUGUCCAGUACAAAGAUCUCAAACCUGUAAUGGAUAGCUAUGUUUUUAAUGAUGGUACAUCAAGAGAAUUGAUGAGCCUCACUGGAACCAUUCCUGUAAGUUACAAAGGUAACACAUACAAUAUCCCAAUAUGUCUGUGGCUAUUGGAUACAUAUCCAUUCAACCCUCCAAUUUGUUUUGUUAAACCCACUAGUACAAUGACAAUUAAAACUGGGAAACAUGUUGAUGCAAAUGGCAAGAUAUAUCUUCCUUAUCUCCAUGAAUGGAAACAUCCGCUAUCAGAUUUGAUAGGAUUGAUUCAAGUUAUGAUUGUGGUGUUUGGAGAGGAACCUCCAGUAUUUUCUCGGCCUACCAUUUCAGCACCCUACCCAUCUUACCAGGCAACAGGACCACCUAACACUUCCUACAUGCCAGGUUUGCCAAGUGGGAUGUCUCCUUUCCCUCCUGGACCCCUUGCUAACCCAAGCGGUUUCCCAAACUAUCCUUACCCUCCCCCGAGUGGACAAUUUCCAGCAACAACUAGCACGCCACUCUACCCUUCUCAGCCUCCUGUAACUACUGUGGCAGAUGGCAGAAGAAAGCAGAAACAGGUAUGGAUUUGUGGUCAUUCUUAUGUUUUCUGGGCAGAAAAACGGGCACUUGAAAGAAGCUUUGGCACACAGUUGGGCAUUCGACUGGAUGAUGCCAAAUUACACUGGCUAGGAAAGAGUGGCAUGACAUGGGAUCAGUUAAUACCCACCCUGUUGCAUACACGACGGCGCCUAACAGAUCCUGAUGUGCUGGUGAUCCAUCUAGGAGGAAAUGACCUGGGAACAGACAGAAAUGUGGAUAUAAUAAACCAAAUGAAGAAAGAUUUAGGACAUCUUAAACAAAUAUUCAAGAAUACCAUUUUGGUCUGGUCUAAUAUUGUGCCUCGCAAAGUAUGGAACCAAGACGUGCCUCACAGAGUGAUGGAGAAAUGUAGGAAAAAAGUCAAUCAGGAAAUUGGCUGUUUUAUAGAGUAUAUCGGUGGGACUGUGAUCAGACAUGAUUCACUUGUACCAGAGUCUCCUGGAUUGUUCCAUCUAGAUGGUGUCCUCUUGUCUGAAAGUGGCACAGAUAUCUUCAAUCUUGAUUUACUGAGUGCUUUGGAAACUCUCAUCUGACUUUUGCUUAAGAAGUACAAUCACAGCAGCGUUCAGUAUCAUCAAGUGUGGCAGCACUUUGCGGAUAGAGAUCACUAGAAGAUGAUAGACAUUGUGUUAAAAUGGAAUUUACUGGUAGUGGAAUUGCCCUGUUAGUAUGGUGAUUGGUAAUUCAGUUGCCUGUGGCAUUGGCCUGCAACCACUACAGCAAGUCAUUUGCUCCUAUAUUUAGUUGUUUUUAAAGUUCAGUUCAGGUUUUUUUGCUUUGAAUUCAAUUUAAUGUUUGCUUAAAGACACUGGUAAACAGUUUACUCCCUGGUUGAUUUUUCACAUCCUAAAAUACUCAGGGAAAUACAGAAAUGAUACCAAUCUAGAGUAAUAACUUAUAAUAACUUAUAAAGCUGUUUUGCAUGCAUAGCAUCAGCAGUCAUAAUUGCUGGCAUUUAAUAUUACACUUUAGUACUUCAGAAUUACAUAACUUUGAAAGACAUGAGGCUGACUUAGGUAUGGUAGGCAAGUUGGUUGAAAUGCUAGGCUUCUUUUGUUACAGAAUUCUGAAAAUACACCAUUAGUUAAGUUUGUUUAACCACUCUGCUUCGCAAGUUCUUACCAAUAUACCUGGUCCAUUUCACAUUCCUGGGUUAAUAAUAAAUUAUAGUUUAUUAAGUCAAGAAGAAAUAUUGGGUCCAUACACCUAAUAUUGGGUCCUUUGCCCCUCUCUACUUUGCUUCUUUUUGAACUUUGAUCCUGGUCUAAAUCACAGGCACUUUUUGGUUAUGCCUGAAAUGGAGAGCUGUGAUUUAAUAUCGGUUUACGAAUCAGAAUCAAUCCUGGUUAGUAAACCAAUAUUAAGCAAUAGUUCCCAGUUUCAAACAGAACAAGAAACAGUGACUGAAAGAAACCAGGAUUUAAGUGUCAAAAGCAGUAUGUAAAAAGAUGUAGGGUGCAUGGGCCUAGUUCUUGUGCCUGGCUUACCCCUGUUUACUAAGACAGCAAUACAAGUCUGAACUUGUAUUUAAGCCAUUGUUGUUUAAUGCAACAAUUAAUAUUAAAUGUGCUUAUAAAAGAGAUCUACUCUUAUGUUUAACAUUGUGUGCAAUCCUAUGCAUGUUUAAACAAAAGAAAGUCCCGGCAUUUCCAGUUGCAGAAAGACCCAGCAUUUCUCAGCCAUCCCUAGUGGGUGGGGAAUGUUGGGGCUUGUAGUACUUUUUUCUGUCUAAACAUGUGUGCUUAAUCAGUUUGUGUAAAUUUAGAUGCUGAUAAUUUAAAAUAUUAAUCUAGAUGGUCCCACUGAGAAACUGUGCAUGCGGAAUUUUAUUAUAUGGACCAUCCCAUUCAUUUCAGUAGUAGGAAUACAUCCACACAUUCAUUUCCGUGAUAAGAUCCAGAUCCAUAGAAAAACGUAAUUGUGGAGCUGCUUUAUUCACUGAAACACAUGAAGUUAUUUCUGGAGAGGGAGCCUUUAAGCCCCUCUUGGACCUCUUGUGCUUGGCACAGCAUUCUGUGUUGCAUGAUAGACUUAAAUGUUGAAUGUUCCCAUAUCAUGCAGUACAUCUUUUGUAAAUCUUUAUACAGCAAUUAUGGCACUUGUAAGGGAUUUUGUCAUUUUAAAUGGCAGACACUGUUGUUAUGACUUUUAUCAUCCCAGAUUAACACACCGUGUACACUUCUGAGAUCUUGUUUGUAGAGUAGCUGUAGCAGUUGCAAAGGCGGCAGAGAUAGCUAGGGUUUUUGAAGAAUGUUUUAAAGAUAGUAUUCCUGUCAAAGGUGAAGGUAUUCUUGUGAAAUCUGUUUAAAAUGGCAUGCAUUUUAAUGAUCUACUUGCCAUCAAGCUGUUAAACUGUUUGACGGUGUCUCUAAGAUAGUUGUACCAUUUUUUUUUCAUUUGGGAUUGCUUUGUCACCUUUUCCUAGCAAAAGGCAGUUCUGUAUCAGAAUCUGCAUUUAAGUAUAAUGUAAUAGAACUACAAUUUUUCAUAAUUUUUGGUAGGCAUAAAUGACAAUAAAUAAAUACAGGGAAUUGAUUGCACAUUUAUUUUAAACUUUGUCAUGUAGUUAACAGUUCUUCAGAUGAGUAUGCUGUAAAGGAAGUUGCACAAGGCAAUGUUUUUGGUCUUCAGGUUGUGAUUUCCAAAAGAACUGAUUUUAUAUAGUACUGUGCCUUAACAUUCCUUUCAUAAGCAAGAGAGAGCUUAACUUCAACAGCUUAUUUUUCUCUGAAUCUAAGUCACUGUUCCGAAGAACUUUAGUUGAUUCUUCACAGUCAUGUCUUUAAAUGACCAAACUUUCCAAAUCUGCUAAGCUUCUUGGAGGUGGACUUUGGAAGCUACAGUUCAGCACAGACAAGAACUGGAAUGUGGGACUAUGGGAAUAGAAUGGUAGAAGAUGGAUGAAUGCUACAUCUACUAGAAAUGAGCUUCAGUGCGACUUUAAGAUGAAGACCUUCAAGCUGAUUAUUUGUAUGUAACUUCUCUGCCUCUGAAGCAUUCUACCAGGAUGAAGAAAAUGAUAUAGCCAUUGGGAGGGACUAAGAUGAAAAUCUUCAUAUCUGUGGAGUGAUCCAGCUCUUUCCAGUGAGGACAUACCAAUGCUUAUUAGUGCUCACAACAGACUACAUUUUCUGUACUCAUUUGUAGUAGGGCCUUUAAGUUCCAAUAUUUUGGCAGGACCUGCUAUUUUUCUACUUUAUUUAUGGUGGAGAAUGUUGUUUGAUUCAUCUAAUUUGUAUGACUUGGAGAUUUGUGUUUUAAAAAUAAAAUAUGGGUCUUUAUUUUCUAGUCCUUAUGUGUUAUAUUAGUGAGGACAUAAUUCUGGUUGAUAUUAGUUAUUUUGCUUAAAAAAAACUUCUUGAAGAAAGAUUUUUUUCAGGCUGCUAACCGUGCUGUGCUGAAAUGUCACUCAGUCUGCUAUUAGACAUGCCAGAUUUGUAAUACUUUCCCUAACCUUUAUUUAGGAUACAUAAAAAUAAUGCAGCCAUACUUAAUAUUAUUAAAAUUAACUGGUAAUAGCCAUUGGUCAUUAUUUACCCCAAUGGCUGAAUCCAAGCCAUUGGUCAUUGAGUGCAUAUAAUGGCUUGGAUUCAGAUUUUCUCUUGUGUGAAUGGAAAUAACAUUCCACUUUUGUAAGGCAGCCUCCUGAUAUACAUCUCACACUGUUCUGGGGGGUUCCCUUAUACUUAGGCACUGGAGGGAUACAACAGAGUCUAGUGAAAAAGGAGUAGGAAAAUCCUGUUGUACUCAUGUAGUUCAGCUUGAACAUUUUCAGAUGUAAGCUACUUGUUUUGUUAUACACAUCAAAAUUAGAGAAGCAGUAAGCACUACUGUUGAGUAUUAAGUGCAAUUACUCAUCACCAAGAUGUACUAUUGGAAAUCGCUGAAACAAAGUGCAUUGUGCAUUUGUGAAUAAGCAACCGCAAUGGUCAAUGUAAAGUUUGCUUUUAUAUUUUAUAUUGUUAGCUAAUAGCUUUUCCCUUGUUCACCAUUUUGACUUGCCAAGAUGGUCUUCCAAGACCUUAGUUCUUGCUGGAAUAUUCAAGUUUCUGGUGACACUUGUAUACAGUGCUGUACAUGGUAACAUCUUCCACAGGAUGUCUUGGUUUGCAGACUUCUGUUUAACCUGUGGGGUAAGUAUCACUUUUAUGUAGCUGAAAUAGAAUCGCCUUCAAAUUCUAAGAACAUCAGUAAGCUUUAAGGUGAAUUAUUUAGAUAAAAACCAUAUUGGUAUUGCAAGUUAAUUGCUGAUGCUAAUAUGGGCAAGGUUCCAAACUGGGAAGCCAUGUUCCCUUGUUCCUCAUGAGCUUGCAUUUUGGUUAGUCCAGCAAGCUUUGGUUGCUGCCACUAAAAGGAUGGAGUCAAAAUGAGGGCUCAUGGCUCAGUUGUAGAGUAUGUGCUUUCUGUGCAGAAUGUCUUGGGUUCAGUUCCUGCAAUUCCAAGUUAAAAGGAUCAGGUAACAGGGAAAGACCUUUGCCUGAGACCCUGGAAAGGAGCUGUUAGUUCACAGUAGACAGUACUGGACUGGUCAUGGGUUCCAUAUUUGGGCAGAAGCUCUUUUAUGAUACUUUGAGAGUUUGCCUGUGAAAUAAUGGAAAUAUCUCAGUGAUACCUAUUAUUGUCCCCCUAGGGCUAAUCAUGCUCUUUAGAAUUAAGUCUCAUGAAAUAAGCACCUUUAGCACUUACAGUUAGUACAGAGUUGAUCUUUAAUGUACCAUUCUGACAUAAAGUUGUGGUGUGGCAGGUUUCAACCUUAGGUGCCUCUUGAAAGUAUCACUGCUUAUUCUCCUAUCUUUUCUGUUGUCUGUUCUAGAUUAAAAUUUCUGUUUAUUGAAAUUUAAUCUGAAUAUAUAGAAAAAAGGAAAUUGCAGUUACAUCCAGAAAGACUUUGUUAGGUUUUGUUAGCCUAGUCUCCUCAAACAUGGUGCCGUUUAGAUGUUGUGGACCACUGUUCUCAUUUGCCUGUGGCAGAUGGGAGUUAAAGUGCACAAUAUCUGGAGGACAGCACGUUGGGGAAUUUUGUGUUUAGUUUGUGCUUUAUGUUGUAUUUUUUGUCUUUAGAAUAAGACUUAAGAUGACGUUAUGUUAUUCUGAAACUAGAUUAAGUAUUUUGCAUCUUUGAUUAACGUGUGCAGGAGAUGAGUGUUUGUGAUCGCUUGAGUUCUGUUUUGUUCUGUUUAGCCUAUAGGAUAAGAGAGCAUAGAAGCAAAGAAAUGGAAGAGCUCUUAAGUAUAUCAUCAGCAAAGAAUAAUUUGUAGUCUUAGGGAUAUUUAGAGCAAAUACAGGCUGCAAAUCCUGUACACAAAAGAUAUUCAGAAUCCAUCACCUUAUGGCAUUUUAGGCUUAAGCCAUACUGUCAAGGAGCAAGAGCAUUUCAAUCCAGAGCAGUCUUAGUUAAAGGAUAGAUAAUUUGGACUGAUGUAAAGUUUAUUUCCUUUACAUUUUUAUUCUCAGAAAGAAGGGCUUAUUACUUCAAGAAAAUAAACCAAGUAAUUUAUUAAGGUAUUAACCUCAAGGUGUUCAAUACUGCAGUCUUAAUGCAUAUUCAGAUGGAAAAUAUUCUAUAGUCCCAGCGUUCCCUAGCCAACUGAGGAAUGCUGGGAAUUGUAGAACCUUUUCUGUCUGAACAUGCAUAGGAUUGCAUAAUUGAGUUUUUGUGGGUAACACUUUAUCUGAACAAAAUUGCUGAUCUGCUCUAAAGGGCUGGUGUGCAGCAUUGUUUGAAAAAGUGAAAAUUGCAGACUCACCAUUGGGGCCCUGUAUUGGGGGGCCUAUUCAAAUCAAAUGAUUCUUCUUAAAUUGCCUCUCUGUUCAGGCAAAUCUGGCACAACUAAGCCGAUUUGAUCUAUGUAAACUUCCACAUCCUAAUGUUAAUACUUUGUUUGGUGUCAUCCCACUACCAAUAAUUAAGAUUCACUGCUGGGUUAUAACAGCAAUGCACAAUCUCUUUUGAAAGUUAUAUACAAUAUUUCACAUAAUAGUUAUUUCUUAGUGACAAAGAUUUUUUUAAAAAUCAGCUGCUUCCACUGCCAAAUCCAGCCUUGGCUUUUCCUUCUGAUUCAACUGCUACCCUGCAGUACUGUAAGGUCAUUUCUGAAACCAGACUCUUUAUGGCAAAGGUUAAAUAUCUUGAGUGCUAACUGGAAUAAAUGGCUAUGUGCCAUUAAAUUGCCUCAAAGGGUGUCUAAUUAUGGAAGUGAUAGAAAAUGUUAAGGGUUCAUGCUCUUGAAGGAGCUCUGUAAACCAUUAUCGUUUCCCUAUAUGAGUAUGUGGUGAUAACUUUCCUUAGUCUUUGCACUUUUACAAUCCAUUUGCACACACAUAAUAUUUCUGAUGUGUUCUUGCUUUAAGUUGUGGACAGAGCCUUCAAUAAGUAAGCAGUUUUGUCCAAGAAUGUGUAACUGGUUCUAAGUUUUGAGUAUUUGUAGUGUACACUAUUUAUGUUAUAUGUGAUUGCAGAAAAAACUUAGAACCCAUAUCUCUACAGUAUUUUGUUUUGUGUAUUGGCUUUUUGGGAGCAUCUUUUGGGUUGUGAUAUCUCUAUUUUGAACAAUAGUUGACUGCUUUAACAUGUGGAACAGCUAACUUGCUUGGGCUGUGUGCAUUUGUUUUGCUAUUUGUGUAUACUGUAUUCUAAAAGCUUUUCUGUAGGCCCAUCUUUUUCUCUUGCACACUGGCUUGGUUCACACAAACAACCCAACAACAAACCAUUGAUUUUCUUCAUGGUUAGCAAACCAUGGUUUAUUAGGUUCAAAUAUCCUGACAAGCCAUGAUUCGAGAAUAACCCAUACUAACCCCAACUCAACCCUGAGUGUGAAUUAUCAUGUUGUGUGCACCUAGUCAGUGUAAUCUUGGAUUGCAUGCUUACAAAUAGGUGCCUUGAGUAAGGUGCAAGUUCUGUGAGAAUACAAGCAGAUUCCUGUUUUCUUGUAUUUAGUUGCAUUUUGUUUUAAUCCAGUGCUUCUUGAACUAUUGCCUUUAGAAGUGGGAGGAGCAUAGACAGCCUCAUGUUAGACACAUUGGAGAGAAGCCACAGCUAUGUUCCUGCUUCAGAAGCUUGCCAGAAAUCAUAUUGAUGAAAUAUCCAUAAUAAAUAGAGAAAGCAUAUUAUUGACCCUGGCUAGUCAAACCAACCACUUGUGCUGUUUUAUUCCUUUGAUUAAUGAGGCAGGAGACGGAAUGGACCAGAGGAAACUUUCAGAAGGACCAGAGGAUUAACAAAAUAUUUUAAGUCACUUUUUGAAAGUGUCUUCACGCUUUUGGUACUUAGAAGUCUUUAUAUGGAAUAUAAAAUGUUUAAUCAACACAACAAUAAAAUGAAAUUCUUUAAGAACAAGUUUGAAAAAGGAGCAAUAGUUUCAGAACACAGACUUUGGAUCUUGAAAAUGUUAAGUAAUUCACAGGAAAAUGUCACAACUUAGGGCUAAUUUCCAUAGCAAGCACUGCAGUGUAUAACUUUUGAAGUAGAUAAAAACACAAUAUCUGGAUGGAACAUGACUCAUCAGAGCUGCAGUCUCUACAGUAACUUGGCAUGCUGCUCUCAGUAUAACUUAAGGUGUGAAACAUUCGUGUCUUUUAAAGGCAAUGUGCAAGGCUUCUCUGCUCUUCCUACUGGAAACAGCAUUUUAGUUUUGUAUUCAUAUGAUUUCCUGAUUUAAAUAGUAGUAAGGGAGCAAAAUUUGGAUAGUAAUCUUCAGUGACCAAAAAGAUUCCAGCUUUCUGUGCUAAGUGGCUCAGAAAUUGCUAAAAAUAAUUGUACAAAUACUGGUUAUCAUCAUCAUGUUUAGUAAAUCCACAAAGGGCCAUUGCUCUUAAUGAAUUUUACACAUCUGCUGCUGCCCAGUCUAAAGCCUUGGUUUGAGAAGGGUAAUGGGCCAACUGUGUGCUAAUAUAUUAUAAUAUAUAAAAGAAACAUCAGAAAUUCACAGAAUAUCCAUCCUAAGCCUAGUAGAAUACUUGUUUUAAAUUACCCAUUUUUCCUGUCAUGUAGAAACUAUGCAAGUAUUAUUCUGUUAAAGGAAUUUUCAUUACAUUUUCCUGACAGUUAAAUCAGUCGAGAGGAAUUAAAAUGUUGUAUCUUGAUUUACAUGAACACAUUUGCUUAGAUCACCAAUCACUCUUAUGUCACUUUGGCUAACUAAAACCGGCUAUAUUAAUGCUGCUAAUGCACUUUUUUAUCCACAGUUUGCAGUUCACACAAACCAUGUGAGACUAUAUUUUUCCUAUAUACAGUGUUACAAAGUGAUGACCUUAACUCUUCCCAUCACAUUCACUGACAAAAGGUAGAUAUAUUAGAAAAUGUAAUGAGUACUAUGUACCAUUUUGCCCUCGGUCUUUGCAGUUUUGAAAGCCUAAUAGUUUGAGCAGCAGUUGAUGCUUACAAAACUUCCAUAAUACUUUUUUUAAAUGCUAAGAGAACAUAGAAUUAAAUAUCCUGGCUGUCAUCUAAAUUUUAAAUCUGACUUGUGUUUCUCAUUUUCUAGUCACACUAACAUUUAAGUAAACAUUUUAACUCCAAAUUCAAUGUUUAUAUUUAAUGGGAAGAAUGAAUAGUCUGUCUAAAAAUGCUUCAUUAGCUAGUCUUUGUUCUACAGAUGCUGAUCCAUGCUCAUCACUUUCAUAUUGGAGCUUAAAUAAAUUCCUUAUAAAUACUUUAUUUGGAUGAGCAUCAUAAAUUGUAUGCUUCUAGCAUUAAGUGCCAAACAAAGCUUGCUUAUUUCCUUUUUUUUUUUU